CAGACAAGAAUAAAAAGUCUUGCAGUUAUGGGAGCUGAAAAAGUCAAACUUGACACCAAACAUGUCCUUAGUCCUUACAGAGGAAAACGCAUGUUCUCCUUCUCAUUCUGCUCUUCAUGCGAUUCCUGCUGCCUUGCCUCCAGAGAAGUCUCAAAUAUUUUUCCAGGUAUUCUUCUUUACCUAUAACCCUUUGUUGGAUUCUUCAAAACCUUCUGGAGAAAAAGGAGCUUAAGCCAUUUCAUCUUUGAUCUAGUCAAUUGAAUGGUUUAGAAGAAAAGAACAAAUCGCCAUGGCUACCAACUCUGGGAAGAAGCUGAUAAGAAUUGAUAUACGUUCAGACACUGUAUGUCCAUGGUGCUUUGUUGGCAAGAAAAACUUGGACAAAGCCAUAGCUGCCUCUAGUGACAGAUUCGAUUUCGAGGUACUGGUCCGUCUACCUCGGUAUCUUUCUUGCUUUUCAUCAAUAUUCUUCCAAGUCUUAAUUUUAAGCCCGGCUCUUCUCAAAUUUGGUUAUUUCUCCCCAGAUUAGAUGGCAUCCAUUUCAGCUGUAUCCUGAUGCCCCAAAAGCAAGGAGUGAACUUGUUACAGUUCUACAGAGGAAGGUUCGGAGGCGGAAUCGAUGGAAUGAUGGCUCGCAUGUCUGAGAUCUUCAGGGGACUUGGCAUGAACUAUGACUUUUCCGGGCUAACAGGAAGUACUAUGGACAGCCACAGGCUGAUGUAUUUAGCAGGUGAGCAAGGGCUUGACAAACAGCACAAGCUUGCUGAGGAACUCUUCUUUGGCAACUUCACACAUGCCAAGUACAUUGGGGACAGGGAAUUCCUGCUCGAAUGUGCUGAUACGAUUGGAUUAGAAGGCGCAGCUGAGUUUCUCGAUGACCCAAAUGCUGGACUGGAACAGGUAAAUGAGGAUCUGGAGAAGACGGUGGUUAGAGGAGUGCCCUACUAUGUGAUUAAAGGGAAGCACAAGUUAGAGUGGAGCACAGCCACCAGAAGGUUUCCUGCGUGCUUUUGAAGUUAUUGCCAAACAAUAAUCCUGCAACCAGAUUGCUGGCUGUUUCCUUGGUACUUCUUUUCUUGUCUCAGAAACCAGAAUUGACAGUUAAUAAAUGAAACGUUGGGGCUGCAUUCGUGCUCUUGUGAUAUGCUAAUGGCCCUCCUUUGCCCUUUUGUUCUCUUGUGUGAUCAUCGCUUAUGCUGCAAAGUUUAGAGCUCUCAAGCUGCCAAUCCAAGCAGAGAGUUGGAUUCAACAGUCGUGCUUUGGCCUCCAUUGAAGAGGUACAUUAGAGCUGUGUGUAAUGCAAGUUGGAGAGAAAGGACAUACACAAAGUGAUAUGCUCCCAUGCCAUCACUACCCCACCCAACCACCCACUCCCACCAUUGAUGCAAGUGUUUGGAAAAAAAAGUAGUGAUGGGUGAUGGGUCAACUGCCAGAGUGGGGGCCUUAACUGGAAUUUUGUGGAUUGAAGCUACUUUUAUCACUUUUCAAGCCACCAAACUGCUUGAGUUCGACCCAUAUGUUUCCAUUUGCACUAGUAUGUUAAUAUGCUGGCCUCGUUUGGGUCGUGUCCUUGCAUUCUCAACCAUUUUAUGAAUGAAGUUUCAACUGCAAGUUAAAAGGACAAUUAACUGGCAAGGAGGGAGCAAAGCAAAACCCAUCGCAUUCAAGCUUCACCUCAUCAAUAUACCCACAUAAGUCAUAACUAAAGAAUACUAAAAAGUAAAAGAGCAC